CGAAGAACAACAAAAACAAACACGGAGGGGUUCCGGGGGGACGUUCCCAUCCACAUUUUCUCUCUCCGGUGGGAAGAAAGCAUGUGAUCUGAUGUGUUGUUGAAAACAAGCUUUCCUUUUGGUCUCUGCCACAUCAGAGGACUGGUACAAUGGAGUCCUCUGAUGAAGACGAGAUGCACACCUUCGUCCAAGUCAUCAGUGAGAAAUACAACCCCGAAAAUUUCCCUUAUGGCCAAGGAGUGGUGGUCCUACCCAGCCCUCCUGGAUCCCCAGUAAAAGUGGAUCGCCUCUUCUUGCCCAGCAUCCUGGUCCUGAACGACUGCGGGAUCAAUAAAGCCGGCGACAAGUCGGACAUCGCAGCUUUCUGCGCCCAUGUGGUGGAGCUGGACCUUUCCUACAAUCAACUUAACGACUGGGUGGAGAUCUCCACCAUCGUUUCCAACAUCCCCCACCUGGACUUCCUGAACCUGAGCAUGAACCCUCUGACCGGCGUAGAGCUGGAGCCCAGCAUGGCCGAGGUUUUCUCCCGAGUGCGACGACUCGUCCUCAACAAUACGCACGUCAGCUGGGACACCGUGCACACGCUCACCCGACACACACCGGAGCUGGAGGAGCUUUUCCUGUGCCUGAAUGACUACAACACUGUGUCAGACUCCGAGGCGUCCUGCCCGUCGCUACGCCUGCUGCAGAUCACAGACAACCAGCUUCAGGAAUGGGCAGAAGUGAGGAAGUUUGGGGCGAUGUAUCCCAGUCUGAGAACACUGGUCCUGGCCAAUAACAGCGUGGCCUGUGUGAGCGACACUCAGGAAACACUGCAGCGCCUCUUCCCCAACCUGUGCAGCAUCAACCUCAACAACUCAGGGCUAAGUAAGUGGGAGGACAUUGAAAGGCUGAAUUAUAUCCCUAAGCUGAAGGAAGUCAAAGCGAAGGGGAUUCCUUUAUUGCAGCCUUACACCACCCACGAGAGACGUAGCCUCCUUUUAGCACAGCUGCCGUCUGUGGUGGUACUGAAUGGGGGAGCGGUGUCUGAUGGAGAGAGAGAGGAUGCUGAGAGGUUCUUCAUCAGGUACUACCAGGACUGUCCAGAACAGGAGCUUCCUGAGAGGUACCACAUCCUUGUAUCCAAGUACGGUCAGCUGGCCCCGCUUGCAGAGGUGGACCUGCGACCCCGCUCCACCAUGGUGGAUGUUCGCUGGGGUGAGAGGGUUGAGGCGGUCAGCCUGCGUCUGGAGCAGACGGUGGGAGACCUGAAGAAACACCUCAAAACUCUGCUGCAGCUGCCCACCAACGGGAUCAGGCUCUUCUACAUCAACCGGGAGAUGUGUUCAAUGCUUGGACCUGAGGAGUUGAGGUGCGGCUGCCGGGCCCUCCACUCCUACAGCAUUCGAGAUGGGGAUGAGAUAUUAGUGGUGCCCAAAGUCAAAAGCCGCUGCAGCUCCUCGGGGGGCUCUGUGGGUUUAGAUUGAUGGGACUUCAGGAAUUUUAGAUAAUGAACAUUUACUGGAUACUAAACUUUGACUUGAGCCUCUUUCUUUUUUCUUUUUUUUUUGAGUAAAGUAAGGUAUAUUGCAGCCUUGAAUGUAAAGAUGUUUGCUGUCCACCAUAUAGAUCAAAUAUAUACAAUAUUAUAUUUGCACAUAGGUGUUCCACAUUUACAAAGAUUUUAUCUAAAGUAUUGCCAGUCGCACAUUUUUGUGAUUGACUUGCUUUUAGCUAAGACUAAAGUUUACAUCUCAUUUCUGAAAAGUUUUAUAUAAACAAACACGGUGCGAAUAGUCUCUCAAAAGAG